GGCUGGUUGAUAUUUUAGUGCGAAGGGUUACAGCUUCCGGUAGACUUUGGACCCAGGAAGUGGUACUUGACUGCUUCUCUUGGCAUCUUGAAAAUAAUACCUAAAAAUAUACAAUUUGUCACAAUGUCUGCGAGGAACCCGGGGACCCGGCUGGAUCUGGAGUGGAUCUCCAAGGUGAGAGUGAACACACAAGCUGUGCUGAGGAGAGCGCAGUGCAUCCAAGGACUGAAGAUCCCCAAGAAACAGUGGCAGGCCGCCUGGCUGCUGAAGGCCGUCACCUGCAUCGACCUGACUACUCUGGCUGGGGACGACACGCCGUGCAACGUUCACCGGCUGUGCAUGAAAGCCACGCAGCCCGUCCAGUACGAGCUCCUCAAGAAGAUGGAUAUGCACGACAAAGGCGUGACGACUGCCGCGGUGUGCGUGUACCCGUCGCGCGUGGCCGACGCCGUCAGAUCACUCGGCGGCGCCAAAUCCAAACUUCCCGUCGCGUCGGUGGCCACAGGUUUCCCUUCAGGUCAGACCCCCCUGGAGAGCCGCCUGGCAGAAGUCGGCGCGGCCGUCGCCGACGGGGCCGCCGAGAUCGACGUCGUCAUCAACAGGACGCUCGCUCUCACGGGCCAGUGGGAAGCCAUGUAUGACGAGAUCUGCCGGUUCCGGGAGGCCUGCGGCGACGCCCACUUGAAGACCAUCCUGGCCGUGGGCGAGCUGGGCACCUUCGCCAACGUCUACAAGGCCAGUUUGGUGGCCAUGAUGGCCGGUUCCGACUUCAUCAAGACGUCCACGGGCAAGGAGUCCGUCAACGCCACCUAUCCCGUUGCCGUAGUGAUGGCGAGGGCCAUCCGCGACUACUUCCUGCGUACGGGCCACAAGGUGGGCUUCAAGCCGGCAGGGGGCAUCCGGACGGCCAAGGAGUCUUUGGUGUGGCUCCUCCUGAUCAAAGAGGAGCUGGGCAACGACUGGCUCUCGCCUCAACUCUUCCGCUUGGGCGCGAGCAGCCUGUUGGCCGACAUCGAGAGACAGAUAUAUCACCACGUAACGGGACGGUACGCGGCCUACCACGAGCUUCCGAUGGCCUGAAGAUCUGGAGACGCUACAAAUAACCAAAUGGACCUCAAGUUCACCACGCAAGCCUCGCAAUAUUAUUUGGAAAAUAUGAGUUUGUUCCUUUGGUGGAAAAUCAACAUUCCAAAACUGGCAAUAAAAUUGUGCACUUGUGAGAUGAA